UUUUGAUCCUUCUAGUGCCAUUCAAGCCGUUGCAGAUCAUUGAUGCCCUCACAAGAAGAUCCUUUUUCUUUGAGAUAGCAUCUGACGAGUUACUGCAAUUCCAUUGCCAGUAUUCCUUUCAAACAUUUCAGUAGAUUACAAAAUAAUUCUUCUUUUUUUCAUGUUGAAUUGCAGCUUAAUGGAAUGAAGUAGCUAAGUUAUGAUCAAUUUCUGUCGUUUUGAUUGAUAAUGUUUUUUUGUUUCAUAAACCCUUUUGGCCUAUGAGGACAAAAUUAGGCAUGAGCCUCAACAACAUAUGCGCACCAAGGUAUAUAUAUACAUACCUGGGUUGUUGGUGGUGAGGAAGAAUGUGCCAAAAUGCUAAUCUGAGGCUUACUUAUCAGUUUAUCUAUAUAUUUAGCAUGUUUUCAUUCUUUAGCUAUGAAUUUUGCUGAAAGCUUAUUUAGUUCUCUUUGAUGAUGGAAGGAUUCUGUUCUUAUUUUGCUUUUGAUACUAUUAUUAACAUUUGAUGGUGUUUCCUUAACUGAACAUUAGUUCUACUAUAUGAUAUUCCUGAUUUGUGCCUAAAGUUUGUGUAAAGUGUUUGAAAACAAUUUUUUUUUCAACAUAAUGAAACAUUUAUUCUUAGAUAUUACUGAUAUUUGAUCCAAGUUUAAUUCACCACCACCAAAUGUUGAGUCUUGGAGAUGUGAAAACCUUGACAGGACAAAAUCAAUGCUUUAAAAGGUGUAUUUGAUGUAUUGUCAUGUGGGCAUGAGUAGGUGAUUAUUGAGAAGGAGGUUUUAGAGCAGAAACAGAACCUUAUGUCAUGUUUGUGAAGUCUUGGUCCCAACUACAGAGUUGAUGUCACCCAAAUCUACAUGCUUUUGGUUGGCACCUAGGCAUGUAGACUUGAGGUAAGUUUAUGAGUUUUGGUUCUCUAAAACCUCUUCUUUAGCAUAAGCUGUUGUUAGGAACUUAGCUUGAAGAUGGCUUUGGAUGUACUCCAAUAUGGUAAGCUGAGAAUUUUAACAAAGUUCCAAUCACCUUUUUUUCAUUAUGACAAUCUUUUCUCCCAUUCAGGUUUCCACCUGGUGAAGAUGGUGAUCUGGUCAAUUUUGUUGAGGUUGGGGUAAAAUAAAUCUUUGUCUAAUUUUUCUUUUGCAUUGGCUCUCUCCUAAUAAAGUAUUGAUUCUUGAAGUUGUUCAGUGAAAGAGGUUUUGAGUUGGUUAGCAGAUUUUUGUUUUUAUGUAACGAGGAAGCUACCAUCUGUCUUUAUAUUGAGAAUUUGUGAUGAAUUAAAUUAUUUUUCGGUAUUUUUCUGGAGUUGAUUGACUACCCCUCCAGAGCUUAAAACAAUCUUUACCAGUUGGCCAAAUGUGGACCAUGUUCUUGUCUUGUUGCACUUGAUUCCUUAUGGCAUCUGUUGGCAUGCUUGGAAGGGGCCAGAACCUCAUAUAAUUUCUACUAUUGCAAGACUCAUCAUAUGUGGGCAAAAGCUAUAAAUAAUUGAGAUGUGAAUGUUCUUUUAAAGGGUUUUCAAUGGACAUAUCAUUCACCGAUGAUUAAUCUCUAUGAGAGAUGUCCUUCCUUUCCAGUGGCUAUGACAGUUUCGAUUUUGUUUAGAUUUUAUAUGCAUAGAUUGCUAUAACUGUUUCUUUUUCGUUUUACACUUAAAUUUUUGUUGAUGUAUAGAUUUACCCUGUCUUCCCUAACAGUUUGAGCUACUAGAUGAAGCGGUGGUGAACAUGGUAUCAAAGCAAGGAGGUCGAAUGUUUGACUGCCAAAUACAGGGGAGUGUAUUAAAAAAUAAAUUAUUUUUACCAAAGCUUGUAAUUUUGAAAAGAAAAUCUGUGAGGGGGAAAAAUAUGGAAUGAAUAUUCCUUAUUUUCUUUUUUUCUCCAUUAUUCAAAAAAAAAAAAAAGAAAAAAAAGAAGAAAGAAACUAGAAUCUUAUAUUUUCUAUUCAUUUCCUGUCAAACAUGUGUCCUUUUGCUCUCUGCUAAUCCAGAAAGUACUGGGCUUUCAUGGGGAGGUGGUUUUGAAGGUUUGGUGAAAAGAGGAGGAGUGCAACAGGAGGAAUAGUGGUUUUGGGGGUUAAAGAAUUUGCCAGUUCAAGAACUUGCUAGAAAGUGUUUUCUGUUUUUGACCAGUUGGUGGAAGUGAAGUUGGAGAGGCCUAUUUCGUGGCUGGUUUGCCAUGUACAACCAAGUAAGGCCUCUAUAUAAGGAAUGAAGUCACCUAUUCCUUGUCUUUCUCUCUGUGUUCUCAAGAGUUUCUUAGGUCUCAAGGGUACUUAGUGUUUCUGUUCACCAUUGUUCUUUGUUGUGGUGUUGGUGGUCAACUUAGAGAGUUACUCCCUCUCUACUCCCUGUGGUGAUCGUGCUGCUGAUGCCGUAGUAGGGGUGCUGCUGGUAAGCUUUCUCAGCUAGGAAUGGGUCCAGGAGGCCCUGGUGGUCCGGGAGGGCCUGGAGGCCCCGGAGGACCAGGACCUGGGCCUGGAGGUCCUGGUUGGGGUCCUGGACCUGGAGGACCUGGUUGGGGUCCUCCGGGACCUCCAGGACCUGGUUGGGGUCCUCCAGGACCUCCAGGACCUGGUUUCUGGCCUGGACCUGGACCUGUACCUAUACCUGGACCUGGACCUGGACCUGGACCUGGACCUGGACCUGGACCUGGUGGCUUCUUUGGUGGCAUUGGAAACUUCCUAUCUUCUUGUAUCAGCUUCUUGUGCUGUUGCUGGUUGCUGAACGACUGCUUUGGUGGACCCCCACCUCCAGGGCCCCCUGGCCCACCUGGUCCCGGUGGGCCACCUCCCUUCUGAUAAUUUAUGCUACGGGUGCCUAUGUGUGUGUGUGUGUGUGUUUCAUUUAUAGAGUAUAUACAUGAUGGUAUAUGUAAUGAGAAGAGGUUUGCUCUAGCCUGACCUUUUUCUUUUGUGGCUGGAUUUGCUCUACCUUUAAAUGAAUGUAACCAGCUAUUUAUAAUGAUGGAAGCUCUUGUUAGCCUUUUUUUUAAUGAAAAUAAAAUCUUCAUAAUGUCUUUCAUUAAACA